UUUCAGAAUGGCUGCGGUUACUGCCCUUCCUGGGUGUGCUGGCCCUGCUCGGUUACCUCGCUGUGCGCCCGUUCCUCCCCAAGAAGAAACAGCAGAAGGAUAGCUUGAUUAACCUCAAGAUCCAGAAGGAAAAUCCCAAAGUAGUGAAUGAAAUAAACAUUGAAGAUCUGUGCCUCACUAAAGCUUACUGCAGGUGUUGGCGCUCUAAGACGUUCCCUGUCUGUGAUGGCUCCCACAACAAGCACAAUGAAUUAACAGGAGAUAAUAUAGGUCCACUAAUACUCAAGAAGAAAGAAGUAUAGCAGGUGUUUAAUCCACUAGAUCGUGACUGAUAAAAAGCCUUUUUAUACUGUUGUAGUUGCAAGGGACAGCAUUUUAUUAUGUGAUUGGUAUGAUUUAGUUUAAUGAUUACUGUAGAUUUCUUUUUGGAAUAAACUGCAUUCAGACAGUGCUGAAUUUGUCACUGUUUUGAUACCUUAUUCUGAGGAGAACUGUGCCUGCUUUGUAAAGCUGUAAAGUACCUAUCUCUGUAAAUAAGUCGUUUAUUUCAACAAUAAAAUGACUUUCUACAACUAA